UAACUUAUCAAAAGCUUAAUCCUUUCACAAUUUACUGCGAGGGCCUGUGUAAGUUCACGUAGUGACGUAGAGUUCAGGACGAGUCACUGCUGUGCCUGUUGAGACCUAUCAAGCACCGGCCUAGAAAGCUUGAAAGAAAGAUUACAGGACUUAGAUGGGCUAGCCUGCUGCCUCCUGGCCUUCUCAGACCAAAGAGCUGACGCAAUGAACGGAACUCAGCCGCGCCUGUCUGGUGCCACGGCGCCCCCUCCUGGACUCGUGCAAGUACCACAACCUUUCACGAGCAUGUGGCCUCAGUACUAUGCCACCGGCGGCUCGGCGCCAGCAGUAAUCGGUGCUACUGACACGCGUGCGGAACAGGCGGAGCGCGACGCACGUAAGCUGAAGCGGAAGCAGGCCAACCGGGAGAGCGCCAAGCGCAGCAAGCUGAAGCGGCAACAGGCAGAGCGCGCCCUGCACGAAGAGGCGCGGCGGGUGGAGAGCGAGCGCGAUGGCCUGACGUCGCAGUACACGGCAGCGCAGCAGCGGUUGAUGGCGGCGCAGUCGGCACAGAUGGAGCUGCGACGGAAGAUACAGAAGUACGCUGCAGCUGACCCGGGGCCUUCUGGUGGCGGGACUGGGAGCGUGACGGGCGGCGCCUCGGCGGCACCCGGCAGCAUUACAGAGGGCGGCGAGGCGGCCGGUGUUGACACUGGCCCCACCGAAUCGUAACAGGACUCGUAACAGCGCCAUGGGUAACGUGCACGUGGCCGACGCCUACCCACGCGCGCUCCGCGCUGUGACAGCCUGUAGCAUAUAGAACUUGCACAACAUGCGGCACCCGUAUAGCUGAAUGCUUGAACUGUGAACUGGUACGUAGGGCAAAGCUGCCCUGGGUCCCCAUAGGAGGAAAGAUAGUUUUGGCCCCUUGGGCAUGUUCAUUGCUUGCGCGUUUUCGUGUUUAGCAAGUAUUAGCUCUGUUUGAGCUCUGCGUAUGUCGAACUUUGCUAGAUGGUUGCGAGGACUUGAUUGUCGCCCACUGGCGCAUCGAGCCCCGGGGCAAGGGGCGCCAGUACCGCGGUUGUGAGUGUGAGUACCAGCCUCAAGGAAGGUAACUUAAUGUUGUCAAGGCAGCCAUAACUUACAUGGUGUAUGAGCCAGUAUGUAUUGUUGCAAACACGUGCUUGUGAAGGUUUUGGUGGUACCUGCAUGACCAUUCUGUGGUCGUGGGGGUGAAAUGCUAGCUGCGGCUUGCGGAGAAUGCGGAAGAUAACAAAGUCAGUACUGAGUUAUAGGCGUAUGGAACGGUGAGGCCGUGUGGGUCCCAAGUGUGCAAAGAUGACUUGGUGAGUUUUCCUCCCUUCUACAGACGGUUGCGGUUUUGAGGCGGCAUUAAUCCCAUGCAUGUUUCCGCGCUGUGCCCAUGGACCAUGGGAUAUGCUCGUAGUUUUGAAGAUGCGUGUUGUAUGUGAGUCUUGGUACUGCUCGGCUUCCUAAUUAGAGGUCUCCGACUGCAUUGUCGUCGCCGCAUACGUGUGUGACUAUCAAACGGUAUGCAUGCGCCUGCCUGGGCCCGUACGUGGCAGCGUGAAGGGCAGGCAGAUGGUAAUUAGCUAUUCGGACGAGCCUCCGGACUCAGUUGAGUUGGUGGGCCCACACGGACUCCGACGGUAGCUGUGUGGAUGGGA